AUGAGAAUUUCUACCAUUUUAUCUAUCGUUGCUUUAGCUGCAGCCACAAGCGCAGCACCAGCUGAUCCAGUCGCACCUGGGGAGCCUACCCCAGGGGCACCAGAUGUUUCUGGAACCAUUACCCUCGAUGACCCAAUUCCUCCAACUGGCACUAUUACUCUUGAUGACCCUACUAGUGAACUUCCUUCUGGAACCAUUACCCUGGAUGACCCAAUUCCUCCAACUGGCACAAUUACUCUUGAUGACCCUACUAGUGAACUUCCUUCUGGAACCAUCACAAUCGAUGAUCCAACUAGUUCAGGUACUAUACCAUCAGUUUCAAUCACCGUCAAUGCUACACUUCCAACACUUUCCGUUUCAAGCUUCCCAACACCUAAUCCACCACCCACAUUCUAUCCUAACACCACCACUACCGUUACUGGAUCUGUUACCGUCACUGAUUUUGUUACCUUCUGUCCAUAUCCAACUACUGUGACCGUGACUACAUGUCGUAGUAACGUUUGUCUCCCACACACCGUGACAGUUCCUGAGGCCACCACCUUGACUGUUACCGGCUCAUGUCUCGUGCCUACAACUUACACAACCGAAACGUGCCAUGAAUGUACUAAAACUCAAGAACCAACCACCACCCCAGGUCCAUCAUCAGUUUCUUCGAUUCCUACAGUUUCUGAAGGUUCAGCACCAAAGAAUAUAGCCGGUGUACUUGCAGGAAUAGUUGCAAUUGCUGCAGUCUUAUUCUGA